UUUAAAGACACAUCAUGUGGAAGAAGAUGCAAAUAACUAACACUUCACAUCACACAGAAACACACUCCUCGACAUGGUGGUGGUGGAAUCAUGCUGUGGGGAUUUAGCAGAGACAGGGAAGCUGAUGAAAGGAGCUAAAUGCAAUGAAAUAUGUCUGCAAAAGACUCCAGAGAGAAGUGGUCUCACCUUUCACCCCACAGAGCAGAAAUGAAAUUGUUUACUUCAAUGUUUAUUCAUGUGCUGAUCGCUACUUAUACUUUUGCGAAGCAUAAUGUAUUCACUGACGGAAAUGUAUGCAGGAAACUACAGAAGAGGGCACCUUUGGGUUAAAAAAUGCUGGAAUAGAGAAGCAGCUCAGAAAGGAGAGCAAAUUCUUUCACUAUUGACUGGAAUAAGUAAGAGAUGGAAAAAAGUACCUGGAAAAGGUGAAGACUGAGAAGGGAGGAGAGUAAUUGAGACAAGGGAGGGAGGGAGAAAAGGCAUCUGAUGAAGAGGGGGAUAUGCACAAACACACACUCUCACACACACACACACAGGGAGAGAGGGAGAAAAGAAACUGUUAAAGCGUCUGUUCGCCGUUGCCAGUCUCAGCAUCGCUCAGUUUGUGCAGGAGGCUGCAGCUCCUUCCCUCCAGGAUCUCUACCAGCAUCACUGAGCAGAUCUGAAGUCUCUUCACUCUCAGCUGGGAUCACUUCAUGAUUUCUUCCUCUUUCCUUCCUUUCUUUUUGUUUUUUUCUUUUUGGUAAAUGGAUGACAACAGCCAACCGUAUAUAAAUGGAUUUCUCGCAGCUGAACUAAUUUGAGUUCAAACACGGGAUCUGGAGAGGCGGGGGGAGAGAUCAGACAGAACAGGGCGCUCCAAGUCAGCUUCUUCUUCUGUGUUGUUUGUUUGCGGGAGCAGCACUUCAUUGUGCCUUGGAUAUGGGACCGUGCGUCAGCCCAGCGGGAUCCGGUGCCGUGGGAAGAGCGUCGUCCUGAAGCAGGAAAAAGACCCUCUGCUGGGUUUUCUUCUUCUUCUUUGAUUCUAAUUAUUCUCUCGAGGGAGGGGCGGCUUUGAGAUUUACGCGCCGGAAUGAUGCGUCCCAACCGCGGCUUCAUCCUGCUCCUCCUCAACGGAACCGCUUGUUUGGUGGUGAUAGGUCAAGAAGAUGACUCCUCCAACUCCAAGAGCUCCUCGGACGCCUCCUCCAAGACGGCGGGCCUUCUGAACGGACAAGCCUCUCACUCGCCCCUGAGCCGAUGGAUGCAGCAUAGUAAAAGCAGAGCUGCUAACUCCACAUCCCUGGAGCUGCCUUACCGCUCCCCAGUCCCUUUCUCCAAGCAGGAGUUCUCCAAACAAGAAUUCUGGGAGAUGUUAGGCAGUGACCUGCUCAAACCAGACGCCUCCAGCUCCAGGGUCAAGCGCCGGCCGAUUGUUAAAACCGGCAAGUUCAAGAAGAUGUUCGGCUGGGGAGACUUCUACUCCAACAUCAAAACGGUGAGGCUCAACUUGCUCAUCACCGGCAAGAUUGUGGAUCACGGCAACGGCACGUUCAGCGUAUACUUUCGCCACAACUCGUCGGGUCAGGGCAACAUCUCCGUCAGCCUGGUCCCGCCAGUCAAGGCCGUGGAGUUCGACCUGGAGCGCCAGAGCGUCGUCUACCCAAAAGACUCCAAGAUAUUUAACUGCCGCGUGGACUACGAGAAGGUGGAUCGGCAAAAGCGCACCUCGUUGUGCAACUUCGAUCCAUCCAAGACCUGCUUUCUGGAGCAGACCCAGAGCCACGUCUCCUGGAUUUGCUCCAAGCCUUUCAAAGUCAUCUGUAUCUACAUUUCCUUCUACAGUACGGACUACCGCCUAGUGCAGAAGGUUUGCCCGGACUACAACUACCACAAUGAGAUGCCCUACCUGCCUUCAGGCUAGAGGAAGCAUGAGGGGUAGGAGAGAGGAAAAGCGGGGGUGACUGAACAUGUGAGGAGGAAACAAGGGCGGAAAAUGUCAGCAAGACACCUUAAAACAAAACAAAACAUGUAGCCUGACUAUUGUAAGAUGUAAAAACAUAUAUGCAAACUACAGUAUGCAUUUAAGAAACAUCCGGGACUGGCAGUGAAACUCUACCACCAACACAUUUUACCUCAGUCCUGUUUUGAAACUCGAACAUCUGCACAGCAUUCCUCCAAUCAAUUUAGUCGUUUCUGAAUCUUAUCUCAGUGUCCUUUUUAAUCGCCCUUUGCAAAGUCGCAAGAAUUGAAAGAGGGCUUUUAAAUGGUGCGGUAAUUCACAAGAGAGCUGCAGACAGAUUCAGCGUUUAUGAUAAUUAUCAUGUCGUGUUUAACAUUGUGCUCUCUAAAGAUGAUUUAAACAGACCACGGGGAACAUAAAGUAUUCAUUUGCUCACAAAGUGCAGAUGAAUGUGGAGUGUAACCAACCGCAGCGUCAUUAAAGUGACGCUCAGACCUUUCAAAGGGCAGACGUUUAAGGGAACUCGGUGCCAAAACAAUGCCAAAACUUCUGACGCAAACAUCAGCAAAUCCCAAUAUACCCAUCAAUUAAAUCCCCUCCAAAUAAAAUGUAUAAAUAAACAGAAAGUGCUUUGCAGCAUUUCAGGUCCAGGGCUUAGGACAAGCUCGGUGUGAAGGCAAUAACGAGAUUGUACGGUGGUGCAGAAUUGGAACCUCCACACUGAUGAGAGCGAGUACAAGGUAGCGGGGUGAGAGAUGCAGAGAUUCAGAGCUGUUUUAAUUAAAGUGGAGAAGGAGACGUGGGGUAUGCGGCGCCUUCUAUUGUCCCUUCUGUAUGAAAAAGAUUACAUUUUGUUGCCGUCAGGAUUCCUGAUUUCACGCCUUGAUAACUUUGACUGUGUGCAGGAGAUUGCUCUCUCCCUCUCUCCUGACAAAUACUGCAUUCACCAAAGUAAACCCAGUUAUCUUGAAUAAAUGAAAAUAUUAUCAUAAUAAUUACAUAUAAUUUAAUCUCUUUCAGAUGUAAUUAAGGCUUCAAUGAGAGCGCAAAAUGUGUUCCUAAAAAUCGAGUCAGUGGGAAGGAGGAUAAGAGAAUAUUCAGUGAAGAUUGUUGGGAUGUAUUCGCACGGCGCCAGCAGCCACAGUUUAGCCCUGAGUUAACUGCUCUCAUUAAGAUAAACGGCCACUAGCUGGCCCGUCUCAUAUUACACACACAAACAAUAUCAGAGCACAGCCAAGAAAUAAAUCAAGUUGCCUGAAUCUUUUCACGUUGAAAGGUUACGAGGACACGACGACUUUUUGGUUAAUUAACAAGGAACAUUCACAAGGCAGGUGUGAAGAGCCAAUAAACAGAUCAGAUAUCCAGUUUGAUGCCAAUGUGGUGUGACAUUGGUGAUAAAGUUCAGAUAUGAGCAGAUCCCAGAUGGAAACAUAAAGCCGUCCUGUGGGGGCGCGAGCAUUAGCUGCUCCUUUGAGCCACUUUACUUACAGAGCGUCAGCAUGAAGACCAAAAUUAGGACAUAAAUUUCAAUUUAACCCUGUCAUGCAUAACGGUCACUGCAGUGGACAGCUAUCUUGUGUUUCCUGUGGAUUUUUAAGUUAUAAAUGCACACAGAGCACUGAAGUGUCUGUGUGCAUACACAGGGUAGCUGUGUGUCGCACAAUUCACCGCCAACUACUGGCCAUCCACUGCAACAGCAAGUAAAUCCAAUAUGACAGAAAAAACAUGCCUCCAAUCCGUCCUUCUACUGUAGAGUCAAGUAAAGACUAAUACUACUGAUGUAUGUUCCAAAUAACUUACAACUGAUCACAUGAACAAAAAUCCUAGAAAUCAGAAAAUCAAAAACACUUUGGAAAAAAAAUCCUGACAUAAGGGAUCAUAAUUCAUGCAUGGAAGGGUGAAAAUUGCAAAUAUAUACACAUUUAAAGAGAGCCUCGUUGAAAACAUCUUUACUCUGUGGUGCAAAACUGAACUGUAAGUACAUUAUUGCGAAUGUAAAAUAAAAAUAAAUCUUCCAUGUCCUUUAGGUUCUCCGUAGCACAAAUACCAACAAUAGGACAAAAUAUUGACCCUUUGGAACUACGUUACUUAAUCGAGGCACCAUCAUGGACACCGGAAGUGAGGGACGGGAGUUUUUAACAAAGCGACUGAAGUUGUUUUCCCAAGUUAUUUUUAACAGUUUAUUCAUGGCUUCUACUUGUUCAAGUCGAGCUAAAGUAACAUACCUGGUUGGGGCUCAUAGGUGGGUGUAUUUAUUUACAGAAGUCUGAAUUAACUAGCUUAGAAACCCGCCCAUACCUCCUUCCUCCUAGCAUGUUGAUCAAAUUACCGACUUUGCUUGAAUUCACACCACAUGAUUUAUGUCACUAUGUCAUAAACAGCGUUUCCUCUUAAACCGAGGCAGGAUUAAAAACGUACAGAAGACAGAUGCUAACCAGUUUAUUUCCUUACAUGCUAGGCUACAUGACGGUGUGGCACUGUCUCCAUGGUUACCAACCGUUAGACGCUACAUUCGCCAUAGUGAACUAGCGCCAUAGAGCUACAAUAUGUGAUAACAUCUCACAUUUUUCAAUAUGUAAUACGUUUCUAAUCAUACGUACUUAUAAAGUUUAUGAACGUUAGUCGUCUUACCU